AUGGACAACAGCAACGUUCCCACCACUAUGCAAGCCUGGAAUUUUAGCACUUCAGGUGCUCCAGAGCAGGUCUUGUUGUUGAAUUCUUCAUUUCCAAUGCCUCCCAAACCUAAAGGCUCUCAAGUCCUCGUCCGAAUCUCUCAUGCCGCCCUCUCAUCUGCUGGCAAAACCCUCAUGAUGGUUGUACCGUCUGCACUUCGCAAAAACGCCAUCCCAGAACUCGACUUUUCCGGAUGUGUCGUCCUGGCCGGCCCUGAUGUCCCUCCUAGACUUGAACCUGGAACACCAGUCUUUGGAACCGUAUCCAAGUAUGCCACCGCCGUGUCGGGUCACGGGGCGCUAGCAGAGUACCUUCUAAUCGGCUCUGACUGCAUCGCGAUCAAGCCUACCAACAUGACAUUUGCCGAGGCUUCUUGCCUAAGCGUUCCCGGCCAAGUCGCCAUGGGAAUGAUGCAAAAAGCUCAGGUCAAGAAGGGGGGCCGCCUCUUGAUAAAUGGCGGUAGUGGGGCUGUUGGUACUGCUGCUAUUCAGCUGGCGAAAAAUGUUGGGGCACACGUCGUUGUGGUGUGCUCGGGAUCGAAAGCGGGUAUUGUCAAGAGCGUUGGCGCCGACGAGGUUGUUGACUAUCGCCAAGUCAAGUCCGUCCCGGGUUUCCUUACAGAGACAUAUGGAAAGGCCCCUUUUGAUGCUAUUUUAGACACAGUCGGAUCGCAGGGGUUGUUCGCAAAGUCGCCUGGAUACCUCAAACCAGGUGGAAUUGUCGUCAACGUCGGCGAGGGUAAUGGAGAGACAGGACAGCUUGGUUUCAUCCUGCUAGCUCUCAGAAAUACCCACCAGCCUUCGUUCCUGGGCGGCAUUCCCAGGAAAUACAUCACGUUCAGUGCUCCUCUAACCGGCGAAAAUGCAGAGCGGUUGGCUUCGCUUGCAGAGGAAGGGAAAAUGCGCGUGUUUAUUGACUCGUCAUUUCAUUUCAAAGAUGCUCUCAAGGCAAGCUUAUGA